GCCGCUGGUACUGCCGCCGCCGCCGCGACCGGACCCCUCCGCCGCCAUGCGCCGGGCCCCGCGCCCCGCCCCGUGCCCCGCGCCGAGGGCCGCCGCCGAGGGCCGCGAGCUGUGAGCGGGGCGCCGCGGGCUACUGGGCCCGGCCCGGCAUGGCGGGGCGGCGGUGCGCGGGCGGCGCGGCCGCCUUGGCUGAAGCUCCGGGCUGCGGCGCGGCGACGGAGCCGGCCCGGGAGCUGUUCGAGGCCUGCAGGAACGGGGACGUGGAGCGGGUCAAGCGGCUGGUGCGGCCCGAGAACGUCAACAGCCGGGACACGGCGGGCAGGAAGUCCAGCCCGCUGCACUUCGCCGCAGGUUUUGGUCGGAAGGAUGUAGUUGAAUAUUUACUUCAAAGUGGUGCCAAUGUCCACGCACGAGAUGAUGGAGGUCUUAUUCCUCUUCACAACGCUUGCUCUUUUGGACAUGCUGAAGUUGUCAAUCUUCUCUUACGGCACGGUGCAGAUCCUAAUGCUCGGGACAAUUGGAAUUACACUCCUCUUCAUGAAGCUGCCAUUAAGGGCAAGACAGAUGUCUGCAUUGUAUUGCUGCAGCAUGGUGCUGAACCGACCAUCCGGAACACAGAUGGAAGAACAGCUUUGGAUUUAGCAGACCCAUCCGCAAAAGCUGUGUUGACUGGUGAAUACAAGAAAGAUGAACUCUUAGAAAGUGCCAGGAGUGGAAAUGAAGAAAAGAUGAUGUCUCUUCUUACACCAUUAAAUGUUAACUGUCAUGCGAGUGAUGGCAGAAAGUCUACUCCUUUACAUUUAGCAGCUGGAUAUAACCGUGUAAAAAUAGUACAGCUGUUACUGCAACAUGGAGCUGAUGUACACGCUAAGGAUAAGGGAGAUUUGGUGCCACUUCACAAUGCCUGUUCCUAUGGUCAUUAUGAAGUAACAGAGCUUCUAGUAAAGCAUGGAGCAUGUGUGAAUGCAAUGGAUCUAUGGCAAUUCACUCCUCUGCAUGAAGCAGCUUCUAAGAACAGGGUGGAAGUUUGUUCUCUUUUGUUAAGUUAUGGUGCUGACCCAACACUGUUGAACUGUCACAACAAAAGCACCAUUGAUUUGGCUCCAACGCCCCAAUUAAAAGAACGAUUAGCAUAUGAAUUCAAAGGUCACUCGCUGCUACAGGCUGCAAGAGAAUCAGAUGUAGCUCGUAUAAAGAAACAUCUUUCUUUGGAGACAGUGAACUUCAAGCACCCUCAAACACAUGAGACAGCACUGCAUUGUGCUGCUGCAUCUCCAUAUCCAAAGCGAAAACAAGUGUGUGAAUUGCUACUGAGGAAAGGAGCCAACAUUAAUGAAAAAACAAAAGACUUCUUGACUCCUCUGCACGUGGCAUCAGAAAAAGCUCAUAAUGAUGUUGUUGAAGUAGUUGUGAAGCAUGAAGCUAAGGUUAAUGCAUUGGAUAAUCUUGGGCAGACCUCUCUUCACAGAGCAGCACAUUGUGGUCACCUUCAGACGUGCAGGUUGCUGUUGAGUUCUGGAUGUGAUCCUUCCAUUGUGUCUCUGCAGGGCUUCACAGCCUUACAGAUGGGGACUGAAAGUGUGCAACAGCUACUACAGGAAGGUAUCCCACUAGGUAAUUCAGAUGCAGAUCGACAGUUGCUGGAGGCUGCGAAAGCUGGAGAUGUGGAUACUGUAAAAAAACUAUGUACGGUUCAAAGUGUGAACUGCAGGGAUAUUGAAGGACGUCAGUCUACACCACUUCAUUUUGCAGCUGGAUAUAAUAGGGUAUCUGUUGUUGAAUAUCUUCUCCAGCAUGGAGCUGAUGUGCAUGCAAAAGAUAAGGGCGGACUUGUCCCUUUACAUAAUGCUUGUUCAUAUGGUCACUAUGAAGUUGCAGAACUGCUCGUUAAACAUGGUGCAGUUGUCAAUGUAGCUGACUUGUGGAAAUUCACUCCCUUGCAUGAAGCUGCAGCGAAAGGAAAAUACGAGAUAUGCAAACUCCUAUUACAGCAUGGAGCUGACCCCACAAAGAAAAACAGAGAUGGAAAUACUCCUUUAGACCUUGUUAAAGAUGGUGAUACUGAUAUUCAGGACCUACUUAGAGGAGAUGCAGCUCUACUAGAUGCUGCUAAGAAAGGUUGUUUGGCCCGGGUUAAAAAGCUGUGUUCACCUGACAAUGUCAACUGUCGGGACACACAAGGACGGCAUUCAACACCACUACAUUUAGCAGCUGGUUACAACAAUUUGGAGGUUGCAGAAUACCUGUUACAGCAUGGAGCAGAUGUGAAUGCACAGGAUAAAGGAGGUUUGAUUCCUCUGCAUAAUGCUGCAUCUUAUGGGCAUGUAGAUGUAGCAGCUUUACUUAUAAAGUAUAAUGCAUGUGUGAAUGCUACAGACAAGUGGGCUUUCACACCUUUGCAUGAAGCAGCCCAGAAAGGAAGGACACAGCUUUGUGCCCUGUUACUGGCACAUGGGGCUGAUCCAACGCUCAAAAACCAGGAAGGACAAACACCUUUAGACCUGGUCACCGCAGAUGAUGUCAGCGCAUUAUUGACAGCAGCAAUGCCUCCUUCUGCCUUACCAUCUUGCUACAAACCUCAGGUUAUAAGUGUAUCUCAGACUACGGGGCCUACAGCUGAUUCCCUGUCUUCUGUUCCAUCCAGUCCCUCCAGUCUGUCUGCAGCAAGUAGUCUUGACAAUUUGUCUGGUAGUUUUUCUGAACUUCCAUCUGUUGUUGGUACAAACAGCUCAGAGGGAGCUACUGUUCUGGAGAAAAAAGAAGUUUCAGGUGUAGAUUUUAGCAUAAAUCAGUUUGUGCGGAACCUUGGCCUUGAACAUCUUAUUGACAUAUUUGAGAGAGAACAGAUAACACUGGAUGUGUUGGUUGAAAUGGGACACAAAGAAUUGAAGGAAAUUGGAAUUAAUGCUUAUGGCCAUAGGCACAAAAUCAUUAAAGGAGUUGAAAGGCUGAUUUCUGGACAGCAAGGACUUAACCCAUACCUGACUCUAAAUACUUCCAGUAGUGGAACUAUUCUCAUAGAUCUUUCCUCUGAAGAUAAGGAGUUUCAAUCAGUAGAAGAGGAGAUGCAGAGUACUGUCCGAGAGCACAGAGAUGGAGGACAUGCUGGUGGAGUCUUCAAUAGAUACAAUAUUUUAAAGAUUCAGAAAGUGUGCAACAAAAAGCUAUGGGAAAGAUAUACUCACAGGAGGAAAGAGGUCUCUGAAGAGAAUCACAACCAUGCUAAUGAAAGGAUGCUGUUUCAUGGGUCCCCAUUUGUGAAUGCAAUCAUUCACAAAGGCUUUGAUGAGAGACAUGCUUAUAUAGGUGGCAUGUUUGGAGCUGGGAUUUAUUUUGCUGAAAAUUCUUCCAAAAGCAAUCAGUAUGUCUAUGGGAUUGGAGGUGGCACUGGAUGUCCAAUUCACAAAGAUAGAUCUUGCUAUGUUUGCCACAGGCAAUUGCUGUUCUGUCGUGUAACAUUGGGCAAGUCUUUCCUGCAGUUCAGUGCUAUGAAAAUGGCUCAUUCUCCCCCGGGACAUCACUCAGUUACUGGGCGACCCAGUGUAAAUGGACUGGCAUUAGCAGAAUAUGUCAUUUACAGAGGGGAGCAGGCUUAUCCAGAAUACUUGAUUACUUACCAGAUCAUGAAACCUGAAGUCGCCACUGAAGCUUAAGACAAAUUACUUGUGGGAAACCAUCAGACUUGCAUGUGAAGAUACCAGUGGCUGCCAUCCUGUUAACUACAAUGAGUUGUUGAAAAACAGGUGGUGUGGUAGCCAAUGUGAACAAAAUCUACCAUUUUUGACUUGAUAAAGCUUUAAUAAUGUAUAGUACGUUUUUCUAAAAUUUCAAAAAUGUCCUCUUUUUCAGCACUUUAACAGAUACCAUUCCAGGCAUAAACUGCAAUUUGCCUGUACUAAAUUAUAAACAAAAAUUAACUUAAAACAAUGGUUUUAUACAAUACUACAUUGAAAUUUAACAGAAAUUGUAAUGCUCUAUACAGGAACUCACUUUACUAAUACUGUGUUCUUUAAAACACUGCAUUUACACUGAAAAUGUUUUCAUUUGUAAAACUGUAAAUAAGAGCUUUUGUACUAGCCUGGUAUUUAUUUACAUUGCUUUGUAAUAUAAGUGUUUUAGAACUGCAACCUUGUAAAAAAAAAAAAAAAGUUUUUUCCACAUGUUGGUUUGUUCAUCUGUUUCCUCAUGCACAAUAGAUUUAAAAAGCCAGUUUUCAGGGUUUAACACUUAAUUUGGGAGGGAAAAAGUAAGUUUUACCUGAAGAAGUUUAGAAAUCGCCAAUUAGAUUGAAUACUCAAUUUUUUGUUCUGUAUUUUUAUUGAUGGAAUAUACCUUCCUAAGAAUGAUGGGCUAUGAAAUAUUCCAGCUGAAUACUAAAGUGUCUUUUCCACCUACUUACUAGAGUUUCCUAUUUUAUUUCUAUAAAAUGUCUUCAAAAGUUUUUAUUUAACUAUAGCUUUAGUUCAUCUAUAUCCUCAUUUCAAGGCUAGUAGACCUUGCAAGUUAGUUUUAGUAAGUUAUUUUCUUUGAAUGGAGUUGGAAUAUUAACCUCAAGGAGGUCUGUCUUGAGUUUCCCUUGCUUACAUUUAAGCCAGGAAGUUAAAUAGUUCAUUUCUAAUGUGAGGGCUGGCAGCUUGGUCUUUUUUUGUAUGAUUGUUUUGGUAAAUUAAUGUAUUUGUUGGUGCCCUCAGGAUAUGAGUAUUGCAGGGUGGAAAUGUUAAAAACCAUCCUGCCGUCCCCUGUGUUUCUUCCACAUUAAUGUUCAAGCUGCAGUUGAAGCACUUGCACGGAGGCAUUGUUUACCUGCAGUGCUUCUGGCUGAGCAAAACUGAUCAGGGUGCAAGAUUCUGGUCCCUUGUGUUCAGCCAGCUGGACGAGGAGCAUAUAAGUGGGAUGAGCAGCUAUUCCGUGGUGACAGCUGCCUACGGUAUCCCUGUUGAGACCACUUGUAUGGAAGAAGAGUGCAAAAGGUAUCACCCCCAGUUCAAGUCACAUUUGGGGUUAUUGAAUGCGCUGAUCAAUGCAGUCAGCCCUAUCAUAGCUCUCUCAUGUAUUCUGCUUCUGUUCCAUAUGCAGUUUUUACCUACAUAUUUCAAAAAUAUGUAAAUACAAAUUAGAGUUCAUUUGGGUUUAAAGCGGUUAGGAGUCUAUUUGUCUGUUUCAGUUGUCUUCUAUUUCUACAUACAGGAUGCUGUCCCAGAAGACAAGUUGUUUGCUGGCCACAUUAUCAUACCAUGGUUUUAAAUGUAGUAAAUGGUCAAGAUAAUGAAAACGUCUUGCUGAUGUGGUGGUGAUGUGAUUAUGCUCUAUGUAAAAAUGUACUGAAUCUUACCCAGUUGUGUGGGGAAUCUGAAUAAUAAGAUGGCAUAACUUAACUCUUGCAGAAAGUAAUAUUGGCUAUGAAUAAAAAAGGCUUUGAUUUUUUUAGGUACUUUCUCCCAGCAUGUUGCCUGUUCCUUUGGUAUAGUAAUGCUGGAAUUGGUGUUCAUGCAAAAUCUGUUAAGUAUGUUUAAAACUUUUUAUUAUUGCUAAAAUGCUUCAUUCUCUAUGAAUGAUCAUUUCAUGUCGUGUAAAAUAUUGUGGUAUGAUAGAUUUAAGUGGUACCACAACGCUGGUUCUGUCUGUUUGGGGAUUUUUGAGCUUUCUUUUCUUUUUUUGCAUGACAUACCUUGCACUCUGAAGAUGGAAGCUGUAAUGAUUUGAUAAUAUUGACUGUUGAGGUGAAUCUUUAAUCUCUUGUGCAAUUAGUUCUGCUUUACUCAUCCUGAAGUGUCUUCAUAUGUACUGUAUAACAUUCCAUAUUCAUUUAACACUAAAUAAAUUUAAUUCACUGGUUUUCCGGUAGCAUGGGAGUGAUUACAGAUGUAAAAUGUCAACCUGUUGUUUUGAAUGUAAGCGUGCAAAAAAAUUAACAAACUACAUCCAUCAUUAGAGGGGAAAUUAAUUGCAUUAAAGAGAUAAUAUUUUAAUGUGGAUGGAAAAAAAUGUCAAUACUGUGGAAACCUGUUGCUUGGUAUCUAGCUAGCUAACAGCUUUAGCUACAAGUCCAAGCUUACUAAUAGAGGUUUGCUAUGCAUUUAAAACUCCAUUAUCUGGUCCAAACCUGAAAGAAACCUGCCUAAAGUUGGUUCUGUAAAAUGAACAAUACUGUAAAAAUUCUGACCUGUCAGCUGACGGUAUAGGUAGCAGUCUGAUAAAUAAAUGAGCAACAACAGAAGAACUGUUUAGAUCACUUGCGGUGCGGUACUAAGUAAAUAGCUUUAUUUCACUAAGACCACUUAUUCUGGUUUUGGAAACCCACCAUAUGAAUAGAAGAGUUAGGCAGAUAUGAGCACUAGAGGGCAGGAAAGUCAAUCUUUAGUAAGACCAAAGGUUAUGAAUUUUUUUAAGAUGCCUUGGGAGUACAAUGUCAAAUUAAUUCUACCUAUGUAGGUUGUUAUUUAAAGGAGGGGGGAAAAAAAAAAAAAAAAAAAAAAGUAAAAAUGCAAAUGGAAAGCUAAUUUUGAAGUAAUUGGUAUAAAAACAACUGCUUCCACUAAGGAAAUAACUGUGUAUAAAAGGAGUUGCUCCUGUUUUUUCUACAUUGCACUUCCUCAUGAAACAUCAUGCUCUGUGUGUGUAUACAUAUGCAUGUGGAUACAUGAGUACACACACGGUUGUUCUCUCCCUUUAUUCACCAAGAAUGAGGAAAAAAAAAAAAAAAAAAAGGUGAUUUACCCAGCAAGCCGCUGGUGUCAGUGGGGGUGUCCAUUUCCCCUUCUGCUUGUCUCCUCAACUUAAUUAUAAUAAAACAAUUUUUUGCUGGAAAAAGACAGAAUCCUAGGGGUAGCUUGCCUUCUGCCUAUACUAUAAAGGCUUGAUUUGUACUCUGGUGCAGUAGUACAGCACAAAGUGCUUUCUCUCCCUCAGUUAAGUGGCAAAUUAGGUGGCCGUGUCUCCCCUUCUGGCUCUUGGAGCUGCGUGUUUCCUGCACCCCAGAAGCUGCAGUAGGUGAUGACGGUGUCAGUGAUGGAAGUGCUAGAGCUGACGGUGUGGAGGGAGGCCCUCUGCAGCAGGUGUAAGCAGUGGUAUGCUUCUGAGAGGAUCAAGGGCUUCUUCAGCCUGCCUGUGCCUCACUACUAGAUCAAAAAAAGCUGCAGGCAGCCAGAACAGAGUGCAAGAUAAAAAGCAAAAGUAUGUGGAAGAGUGGUUUGAAGUUUGUGUUCUCUUCUAAAAAGGGGCAAGCUUGGUAACAGAGAAGACGGGAGAGAAAAAUACUAGUAACCUUUAAAAAAAUACAAAAUGUGAGAGUACUAUAAAGUUAAGGUUGCAUGUCCCAUUUUGAGUUAAAACAGCAAAUGAACGUUCAUUACGUACAUGUAGACGUUACGGGGAUUUCAAGAUAGCUGGCUAUUCUUGCUAACACAAAUACUUUGGAGGAGAAAGUUGCAGCCAAUUCACUAAUGAUAGACCUAGGAAAUAAUGUGUGCAAGAGCAAGAAAUAGAGUUUGAAAGCUGAAGGCAUAUGUUUUAUACACUUGUUCUUAAAAACAUUGCUUUUGAGCGUUACCAGAGACAAGCCAAAUGCCAAUCUAAAAACCACCAUGGAUCGCACCAGUAAAUAAAAGUACCACAAUAAAUCCUCUGCCUGGGGGUGUCACGCAGCCAGAAAAGGGGAAGGAGGAGGUGGAGGUCAGAAGCCUCUUUCUACCUCUCCCUGAUCUUGAUAAAAUUGCUGACUCUAUUUAGCUUCCCUAAGAGAAGGAUGUAGUACAACUGAAAUAUGUUUCAGCCCAGGUCUUAAUGAGGGGAAGUAAGGGGGUUUGGGGUGCUUUCUUCUGCAGUACAUGCUGACAUUGCACAGCAAGUGUGCACCGACAGCUUGGUAGACACUAGCAAAGUUUUUGAGUUUGGAUUGUUAGGAGUUUUCAGAAAGUGGUAGCAUUUACAAACCUUAAUGUUUAAUGUAGAUGUAGCAAAUUAAAAUGUACUAAUGCCUAGAAAUGGGUAGCUGAGAGUUUCUGUAGUUGAAGCAGCUUGGUGUCAGCUGAUAAUGCUGCUUACAGGGCUGUAAGGUGUGUGUCACAAAGGAUUAGUACGGAACCGUGAAGCUAAUACCAAGCCUGAGAAACAAACAGGGUUAUUUCUGGGUUAGCGUUGUAUGGCUUUAGGUUUUCUAGCUGCUGUCUAAAUUUGGAAGCGUUUCACAGCAAGGCAGUUACUCAGUUUCGUGAGGCAUUGGGUAUGGUAGGUCCAUAGAAAGAUGUAGGUUCUUACUUGCCUGGUAACGAAGCAGGUAAAUACCGAUUAAGCAAGAAAAUGAGACUGACAGGUAAGUAUAACAGGAUUAAUGUGAACAGAGGAAAACGCGGAUUUUGUUGAAAAAAAUAAGGGGAAAAUCAAUAUGUGUAAUAUUUAUGAGCUAACUGAGGAUAAUAUUGCAUCUAAUAACUUUUAAUUAUUGCAGUCAAAGUGGAAGCUGACAUAAGUUACAGCAAUUAUUGUUUUAUUUAAUGAUUGAAUGAACUACCAAGCAGUCUAAAAGUGUCAUCUUUAAUUAAAUAAAUCUGUAUAUGAUGAGCAAUGCCUGAUGAAUAGUGCUUGGAAGUAUUUUACUGAUUCACUGCAAUCAUGUAAUAGAAGAAAUUAGAUUUGGUUUUGGAUCAAAGGGCUUCCUGAAAGAGAGACUUUCAUUUUGAGUAAUAAUCAUGAUAGUGCACCUGCUUUCAUAAAGCAAAGUCUAAUUCAGGACUUAGGAAUAAGAACUGGGAGAACUUACAAGAUAUUACUGAAAAGCAAAGAUUAAUAGAUAAAGGGAAAAUUAUAUAAGUAAGGACAGUUUCACAAACAGUCCCAGUAAUAACAUGAGGACUCUGAAGCAUGUUGUGUAAAGGUGUUGUUUAAAGAAAGAUUCAGAACCUGGUAAUAAAUCUGACUUCAUAAUAAAGGGACUAAUGAAUGAUAAAGUUUAUUUCCAAAGACAAGGAAUAUGAAAACACAGUAGAAGCUGCUGAAAAGUGAAGUUCACCUAUCUUUGCCACAGCUCUAUGAAGAGAGCAGGUUAGCACAUUGGUAGUGAAAUGCAUUGCCAAAGAUGCAGAACAGGCAGACCCUGAAGAAAAAUCAGGGUUAAAAAGAACUAGCGGGAGGGCAGGCACGCAGAGAGAGUGGACUGAGCAUCUCUGAGAGUGGUGGGAGGAGAUACAUUAACACAGGAGGUCUGCUGUACUGGAAGAUCUGAAACUGGCUACACAAAAUUAGGAUGAGAGGCAGUGUCUUGAUAACUAGGCAAAAAUAAGAGAAAACUGCUGCUAUUAAUGGUGGAGAUAAAGUCAGGUUGUUGAAUUUCUAAAAUAAAAAAUAUAUAAAUAAU